AUGCACGGAUCCUGCAACUGUGGCGCCGUUACCGUCGAGGCCGAGAUAGUGAAUGACGGCAAACCCACCGGAUUCGCCUGCCACUGUCGGAACUGCAAAAAGUCCAGCGGUGCAGGAGGCUGUGUUGUCAUGUUUGUGCCAUUCCCAAACGUCACCUUCGCGGGCCCGAUCACACACUACGCCGACAAGAACACCGACAGCGGACACAUCGUGAACCGUCAUUUCUGCGCAGUCUGCGGCAGUCCCAUAUACGGGCUAGCAAAGGAGUCUCUCCCCGGUUUAGCUUUGGUCCGGACCGCCCUGUUCGACGAGUUCGCCACGUCGCCGCCCAGACCGGCCGCCGAAAUCUACACAAAGGACCGCUGGGUCUGGGACGAACCGAUCCAGGGUGCCCAGCAAGUCCCGAUCGCGGGCGAGAGGUCUUGA